AUGGUACUGGAUGAAGGAAACCAGAGCUCUGUAACCACGUUCAUCCUGUUGGGCUUCUCAGAAUAUCCACACCUCCAGGCAUCCCUCUUCCUGGUGUUCUUGGCCAUUUACACAGUCACUCUGGUGGGGAACGUGGGCAUAAUUGUAGUCAUAAGAAUUAAUCCCAAACUUCACACACCCAUGUACUUCUUCCUCAGCCAUCUAUCCUUUUUGGAUAUUUGUUAUUCCAGUGUAUUUACACCCAAACUGUUGGAGACCUUGGUAGUGGAAGACAGAACUAUUUCCUUCAAAGGAUACAUGGUACAAUUUUUCUUUGUUUGUGCAUUUGUGAUCACAGAGAUGUUCAUGUUAGCAGUGAUGGCCUACAACCGGUUUGUGGCUGUGUGUAACCCCCUGCUCUACACAGUUGCCAUGUCUCACAAGCUUUGUUCUCUGCUGGUAGCUGGGACUUACAUAUGGGGUGGAGUCUGUUCCAUGACUCUCACAUAUUCUCUUUUGGAACUUUCCUACUGUGGACCUAACAUCAUAAAUCACUUUGGCUGUGAGUACUCUGCCAUCCUCUCUCUGCUCUCUAGCCUGGUCUUAUGA